AUGUUUCUUGUUCUCCUAUUAUGUCUUUUCCUUGCUCUCAAUGCUGCCGGAGCCCAUGGCGGUGGCCACGGCUGGACAGGAACCGUCAUCGGGAUCGUAGGGGAUUUCGGCCACAGUCGCGAUCUGGGCACAACAAAUAGUCGCGUUGCGGUGAUGCAGCAAGGAAAGGUUGAAUUCCUUCUUGACAACGAGGGAAGCACAGCCCUUCCUAUAUGUGUCGCCUUCCCUGAUGUUGGUUUCUCGCUGGGCAAAUCUGUGAAGGGUUCGCUGGAAGUAAACCUUAAGACAACCGACGUCGGCGUCGGGAAAGAUAUUGAGCGUUGGAUUCCCUGCGAUCUCAGUGGUGAGCAGACCUUGGCUGAUAUCGACCACUUGCCUUACAAUCUAGCUUCCCGAGAGGGCCAGCCGGUCUUCAGCGUCAAGAGAAACGGCUUAGAAUGGCAAUUCCCGGUAGAGGACGUCUAUGCUAGAAUAUUUGCAAAUUUGCGAAGGAGAGCAGAGGUGUAUCUCGGCAAGAAGGUUACUCAUGCUGUCAUCACAGCUCCAACCGGCUUUAACAGCAGCCAGCGACUGGGUCUCGUAAAUGCCGCGUCCGUCGUCGGCCUCAAUGUUCUCCGAAUCGUCAGCAAACCCAUGGCAGCCGUGCACGCUGUAGGGCUAGGGUGUGCUGGCCUUAACGACAAAUAUAUUGAUGACGAACACUAUGUCCUUGUGUAUCACUUUGGCGGUGGUACCUUGAAAGUGUCGCUGCUGUAUCAUGAUAUGGGCUUAUACGACACCUUAGCCGACGAUAGCCAAACCCGCCUUGGUGGUGAAGAUUUUAAUGAGGUGAUUGUCAACUACUUUACUGUACUUUACAACGAGAGGAAUGUAAUCGACAUCACCAAAGACUCCACAGCUAUGGGAAAGCUCUAUCGUGCCGCUGAAAAGGCUAAGCGAGAAUUGUCGACGCGGACAAACACUCAUCUCGAGAUUCAGUCAUUCCACGAGGGAAGAGAUUUCUCUGGGACCCUGACACGCACCAAAUUCGAUGAAUUAAGCAUGGGCUUAUUUGAAAAAGUUUUGGAGCCGACUGAACGAGUUCUCAAGCUCAGCAAUGUCAGCAAAGACCAAAUCGAUGACAUUAUCCUCAUUGGUGGCUCCACACAUAUUCCCAAAGUUCGGACUCUCAUUGAAGAGUUCUUUGAAGGAAAGAACGUCAUCAACAUUAUCCAAGGCAGCAGGGCGGUAGUCUUCGGUGCUGCCUUUGAGGCGGCUCGUCUCUCUGACGAUCCUGAUGUAUGGCUCAGCGCGCAACGCUCAUGGGAACUCCGCGAAGCUAUGAGUAAACAGUACAGCGAGUUAACACUGGGUGUUCAAACAAGUACUGGGGCCAUGGCCAAGUUGAUUCGACGUAGCACUCGCAUGCCCACCAUUGCGACCCAGACCUUUUCCACAGCCGCCGACAACCAGACUUCGGUUUUCAUCCAAGUGUUUGAGGGCGAGCGUUAUCAAGCCCGUGACAAUAAUUUGCUCGGCCAGUUUUGGCUGACAGAUAUUCCGCCCAUGCCUCGCGGUAUCCCUCACAUUGAGGUUACAUUGGAACUUGAUUCCAGUGGUAAUAUCAAGGCUGUAGCCUACGACACGGGCACCGGUGCAGAGAAGUCUAUUCUCAUUCCCAACUCUGAGGACCGCAUAUCCGAUGACCACCUCGAUCGCAUGGUCCUGGCGGCUGAGCAGCAUGAGAAACAAGAUUUGGCCAUGCGUGAGCUGUUCAACAGCCAAGGAAGCCACCUGAUCGUUGGACGCUGA